AACACAUACGCCGUAAUGGCCCUUAGGUGCGCGGCCGCCGCCGCCGGCGGCGCCUACCUGACGCCGCGGAGAAGCAGAUGCUGCGGCGCCGGCUCUGCGCGACCCUCAGCCACCACCAGGGGGACACGAGGGCUCAGCCUCCUCCUGAGGGUCCCGUCCUCACAAUACUCCAAAGCUCCAUGGGCGUUGCGGUGCUCGCCUGAUUCCCCUCCUCUGGAGGGUGACCAGCAUUCAGAUCGAACCGGGGCGCCGGGGGCGCUGAAGGCCAUGGUGUGCGACAUGUUCAGGCCCCUGGCGCGCAACAUCUCGGAUAUCCGAUCCCUUCGCACCGUCUUCGACCUCGAGGAUUAUCAAGUCGGCAUGCUGUUUGGUGCUUUUCUUGGCUGCGUCGGGUGCUACCAGCUGUGGAAGGCUGCUCCUUCCAUCUUUGUCGAUGCUGCCCUUGCCUAUGCAUUCUAUAAACUGAGCGUUGUGUCCUCGGAGGUGCGCCGGCAGGGCAAAUGCAAUGAUUGGUUGACUCGUUUGAAAUUUGGUAUUGUGGUUAUUAUGGCUACCAAGGACUUCAGGAAGAACUAUGAACUCUUGGAUAUUGUCAAGAUGCCUGUUUUCUUUCUUUAUCUUUCGACAUUCAUUUUUGAUGUGGCACGCAUGAAGAAAUAUGCAAAGCAUUAUCUGAUUCUCACAGUUAAUUUAUUGAGAAUGAAGGGCGGAGCUCAAGAAUUGUUCAGAAUAAUGUUUUAUCCGAGCUAUACAUCUCCAUAUGACGAUUGCUUCCGUAGGAAAUAAAAUGUAGACCCCUGAGAUUGUGUGGAUCUGUUUAUGUGAGAUUUUUAUAUAAGAAUUUUUAGUAUAAUGUGUAAUAACAUUUAUGUAAUGCUAGUUUACUUGCCCAUGGUUGUGUACAGUUUUGUGGCAUUCUUCAUGCACAAAUAGCGAGAUAGUCUACUAGUUGAUACAAUUUCAGUCUUGAAGAGCAUUUGCAAUGUGCCAGCAUUCUUUUAAAGUCU